CAACACUUCAGUGGAAACGGGGGUAAUAAAGUACUAAUUCUCCUUCCAUAAUUAAAUAUACUUCCGUACUUUGAUGAAAAAUUUGUGCCACUACGACCACCAGAUUAUUUAUAGAUAAACAAAAUUCGUCCGAGCGAGCGAGCGACGUGCACGAACCAGACCAGAGUUCAGGUUGGUUUUCGUAGACGUAUCACCAGGAGGCUGUCUGUUGGCUUGGCUGUUCCAGCAAGUCAUCAAUAAUCAUAUCGUCGUCUUCUCUGGGAGACCCGGAGAGUGUAGCUUCCUCCCUAGCUGUCCGCGACUCCGCGACCGACGGCGGCGGCGGCAGAUGGAGAGGAACCAGCACCGCGACGGCGACGGCGACGGUGAGGGACGCCAUCAUCAUGUCGUCCAGGUCCCAGCGUCAGUAGAAGUUGCAGCAAUGGAGGAGACCUCAUCAGAGGCAGCAGAUCGCUCUCUGCGUCAGAAGGCAGCAGCGAUGGUUGCCUCCUCCAUGGAGACGUACCGGAGCAAGCCCAUGUCCUUCUGGCUGCUGCUCGUCCUCAGCGCCGGCGCGAUGCUCACAGCGUUCCCGGCGUCGAGCCUCCUGUCGCGGCUGUACUACAACAACGGCGGGCAGAGCAAGUGGAUCCUGUCGUGGUCCGCCGUCGCCGGCUGGCCGCUGCCGGCGCUCCUCCUGCUGCCGUGCUACCUCGCCGGCAAGGCGGCGCCGACGCCGCUGUCGCCGAAGCUGUGCGCCUGGUACGCGCUGCUCGGCCUCCUGAGCGCCGCCGACAACCUCAUGUACGCCUGGGCCUACGCCUACCUCCCGGCGUCCACGGCGUCGCUCGUCGCCGCGUCGUCGCUAGCGUUCUCGGCGCUGUUCGGCUGCGCCAUCGCGAAGAACAGGCUGCGGCUGUCGUCGCUGAACGCCGUCGUCGUCAUAACCGCCGGCGUGGUGAUCAUCGCGCUGGACUCCGGGUCGGACAGGUACCCCGGGAUCACGGGCAGGCAGUACGCGCUGGGGCUCGUCUGGGACGUGCUCGGGUCGGCGCUCCACGGCCUCAUCUUCGCGCUGUCGGAGCUGGUGUUCGUCCGGGUCCUCGGCCGGAGGUCGUUCCACGUCGUGCUGGAGCAGCAGGCGAUGGUGUCGCUCUGCGCCUUCGCGUUCACCACCGUCGGGCUCGCCGUGAGCGGCGGCGGCUUCCCGGCGAUGCGGCGGGAGGCGGCGGCGUUCAGGCACGGCGAGGCGUCGUACGCGAUGGUGAUGGUGUGGUCGGCGGUGACGUUCCAGCUCGGGGUGCUGGGGGGCACCGGCGUGCUGUUCCUGGCGUCGACCGUCCUCGCCGGCGUGCUCAACGCCGUGAGGGUGCCGGUGACGAGCAUCGCGGCGGUGAUCUGGUUCCAUGACCCCAUGAGCGGCUUCAAGAUCCUGUCUCUGCUCAUCACCGUAUGGGGGUUCGGCUCCUACAUGGUUGGCCACUCCUCUACCAAGAAAGCAUCCACAAAUUGAUGUACUCUUAUUGUUCUUCUCCUGGAACAUGAAAAAUAUGUGAACUGAGUAUGUUCUUGUAUUGACCAAUGCUGCUGUGCUCUCAUUCUCCUGAAAACAUCCAGUGCGUUCUGCUUC